CUGCCUCCUACACAGACAGCUCUGAUGAUGAGACCUCCCCCCGAGACAAGCAGCAGAAGAACUCCAAAGGCAGCAGCGAUUUCUGUGUGAAAAACAUAAAGCAGGCAGAAUUUGGGCGCCGAGAGAUUGAAAUUGCUGAACAAGAAAUGCCUGCGCUGAUGGCUUUGAGGAAGAGAGCUCAGGGAGAGAAGCCACUGGCCGGGGCCAAGAUCGUGGGCUGCACGCACAUUACAGCGCAGACAGCUGUCCUAAUGGAGACUCUUGGUGCAUUGGGUGCGCAGUGCCGAUGGGCUGCGUGCAACAUCUACUCUACUCUUAAUGAAGUGGCUGCUGCCCUUGCUGAGAGCGGGUUCCCUGUCUUCGCCUGGAAGGGAGAAUCCGAAGACGACUUCUGGUGGUGCAUCGAUCGCUGUGUCAACGUGGAAGGAUGGCAGCCCAACAUG